AUGGCCACAGUAUCCACAGUCACAGCCCCUCAAGGCGUUGGGGCAGGUGCUGGGCGACCUUCCAGUAGUCAACUCAGCGUGACUGCAUUUGAUAUACCAAACAGCCGAAUCGUGCAUGGCGAGAAAUUCCCGCUCGGCCUAGAGCUGAAGAGCAAGGAUACUGUCGACAUCGACACGGCUAUUCAAAAAAUUGAAGAGUUGUCGCAAGCAGGCGCAUUCAAAGACUUGCUCACGAAUCAUGGGACGAUUCUCUUCCGCGGCUUCCCCCUCACAAACGCAACCGACUUCCAAAAGUUCGUGCGCGCGUUCAAAUUCAAGAACCCGCACCGCGAAGUUGGUCUUGCCGGAAAGCGGACGACAGUGACAACCGACAUCAAGACAGCAAACGAAGAGCCUCCAGACGUAAAGUUCUACUACCACUCCGAGUACGGUCGUAGCGCACAUUUCCCUGGAAUUCUCUUCUUCUACUCGCAGAUCGUGCCAGAAUCCGGCGGACAAACUCCGCUUCUUUCUUCUCUGGAGCUGUACGAUAGAUUGAAGGAGGAUCUACCUGAAUUCGUGAGGCAUCUUGAGGAAAGGGGGAUUAUUGGUCGACAGUACUUCCCCGCCAAGGAGGACCCUGAGGCGGAGCAUAUUGGUUGGAACUGGAGAGAUUCGUACGGAUGGGACAUCAAAGAUGACGACACGUUGGAGGUGCAAAGAGCCAAGGUCGAAGCUGUUUUGAAAGACCAACUCGAAGCAGAUGGUGAGUGGCAACCAAAUGGCUCUCUGCUUGUCCUGCAGCGCUUGCCGGCUAUCAGAUAUAUUGGCUCAACCGGCAAACCUAAACCAACCUUCUUCAAUGGACUUGCUGGCGUGUAUGGCCGCGGGAGGGACAACCAUGCGCUCGAAGCCCCACACAAGGGAGACGACGGAAAAUACCACCUACCGACAACGUACGGGGACGGUUCACCCAUCCCAACGGAGUAUUUGGAGAGGCUGCUAGAGAUCUCGGACGAGAUAGGAUUCCUGGUUCCGUGGCAGGAAGGCGACGUGGCUUUGAUUAAUAACUUCACGGUGCAACAUGCGAGGACUCCGUGGGUAGGAAACCGGUCACUUCUCGUGAGCCUUUGGGAUGGCGAUGAACGAUUUGUUAGACGCGAGCAGAUUCCUGCUUAGUUAUAGUAAUACGCUUGAAUAGUCUAUUCCGGAAAAGAGGGCUAUCGCUACAACGCCGCCUAGUGGUGAAGACCCAAAAGUCCUAGUGUAAGGUUGCGUGCCGUUUCUGGUGGCGGCAUAGUAAUGAGCAAUGCGUCCCCCAAAACCUGUUCCAAACUCCAGGAAAUGCAUGGCACAAUGUACAUGCGGCGAGCAGCCCU